UUUUGGCGGGAAGCAUAACUUGUAAAGGUUUGUUGUCGGAUUUGCGAUGAAGAGAUAGGAUUAGGCAUGGGAUCCACGAUCCCAUUUUUCGGCUCUUACAGUUGCAACUGCCCAACUCUAGCGAAUUAUACAUCGGCUUUGAUUUUCUUCUCUUUUUUUUUUUUCUUAAUAAUUUUUUUUUUUGAAUUUCAGUGUUUUCUGACAUCUUUAUCCGCUCCCCAUCUCUCUGUCACCUUCGCCACUAGCGCAUUAUUUUGUUAUUUCUUCGAGAUUUGUUUAUAUAAUCAGUAACCUUUCACUCGAAGAAUCGAAGUUCAUCGUGUACGAUCGGCUCGAAGAUUGCCUGAAACUAUGAUUGUUUUUCGGAAGCCAGUGGUUUUGUGGUGUGCGUUGAUUCUGUUUGCGUUUUUGUCUGUGUGUUCUUCGGACGUUUCAAUCUCCGUUUCUCCGAGAACUCUGUUGAGAUCUCGUGAUCCGGUGGCGAUAUGGUGGUCCGGCGUGACUUCUCCGUCGAAGCUCGACUGGGUUGGGAUUUAUUCUCCGGCCAAUUCCUCCCAUGAAGAUUUCAUAGGCUACGUCUUCCUAUCGUCAUCGCCCGGGUGGGAUAACGGGUCGGGUUUCAUUUCCAUCCCUCUGGUCAAUCUCCGGUCGAGUUACCAGUUCCGGAUCUUCCGAUGGAACGAGUCGGAGGUCGACAUGACCCGGGUUGACAAGGAUCAUAACCCGUUGCCGGGAACGGAGCAUUUGCUGGUUGAGUCGGAAGAGAUCGGGUUCAAGCCGGGUCGGGGCCCGGAGCAGGUCCACUUGGCAUUGACGGGUAGGGAUGGUGAGAUGCGGGUCAUGUUUGUGACUAGCCUGGGAGAUAAGGGUUUCGUGAGGUAUGGGUUGGCCCGGAAUCGUUUGGAUCGGGUGGCGGAUACUCGGGUCGAGAGGUACGAGAAGGAUCAGAUGUGCGGGGCUCCGGCUAAUCAAAGUGUUGGUUGGAGAGAUCCGGGUUACAUACAUGAUGGUGUUAUGAUCAAUUUGGAAAAUAAACGGAGAUAUUUUUAUCGGGUUGGAAGUGAUCGUGGGGGAUGGAGCAAUAUUUACAGCUUCGUUUCCCCAGAACGCAACUCAAAUGAAACAAUCGCCUUCUUGUUGGGCGACAUGGGGACUUACACACCUUACACCACCUUCCAAAGAACCCAAGCCGAGAGCAAAUCAACCAUCUGGUGGAUCAGCCGCGACCUCCGGGCCAUCGGCGACAGGCCGGCAAUAAUCUCUCACGUCGGAGACAUCAGCUACGCCCGAGGCUACGCCUGGCUAUGGGACACCUUCUUCACCCAGAUCGAACCCAUCGCCUCCGCCGCUCCCUACCACGUCUGCGUCGGCAACCACGAGUACGACUGGCCAUCGCAGCCCUGGAAACCCUACUGGGCCGCCAAUAUAUACAAACAAGACGGCGGCGGCGAGUGCGGGGUGCCCUUCAGUCUCAGGUUCAACAUGCCCGGAAACUCCUCGGAGCCCACCGGCACCGCCGCACCGGCAACGCGAAACCUGUACUACUCGUUCGACAUGGGGCCGGUCCACUUCGUGUACAUGUCAACCGAGACAAAUUUCCUUCCGGGAAGCAACCAGUACCAAUUCUUGAAGCAAGACCUAGAACGGGUGGAUCGGAGAAAGACCCCUUUCAUAGUUUUCCAAGGCCACAGGCCCAUGUACACAACCAGCAGCGGCCACAAAGACGGCGCCUUAAGGAAGAAAAUGGUGGAGCACAUAGAGCCAUUGUUGCUGAAGAACAAGGUGAGUUUAGCUCUCUGGGGACACGUCCACCGAUACGAAAGGUUUUGCCCUUUGAAUAACUUCACCUGCGGGAGCCUGGAGGAGCACGGGAUAUAUUGGAGGGCGUUUCCGGUGCAUAUUGUGAUCGGGAUGGGCGGGCAGGAUUGGCAGCCGAUCUGGGAGCCACGGCCGGAGCAUCCGAGCGACCCCGUUUUCCCGCAGCCGAGGAGGUCGGAGUUCCGGGCAGGGCAGUUUGGGUACGCGAGAAUUGUGGCUAACAUGGAAAAACUGAGGUUUUCUUACGUGGGGAAUCAUGAUGGGAAGGUGCAUGAUUCGGUGGAAAUCAUGGCUCCAUAUCUCCCCCGCUUUAACUCUACUUCUCACUCACUCUAUCAUGAUUUGUAACCAGGCACGACUGCACCUUUUUUUUUUUUUUCCAGGUUUCUAAAUUCUAAUUAGCUUGUUAUCCAAUAACAAAACUGUAUUUUUUAUUAAUUUUAAAUCCAAUUUGUUAUCAAAUUUCAUUUGCAUUACUAUAA